AUGAAAGAUCUUACUGGCACACCCACACCUCAAGGCCUAGCUGGGCAUAAACGAGCAAGAGAUAACAGUUCCGAAGAGCCUUCUAGCUGCCUAGACGAGCCUAUAAGUAAAAGACCUCGCCAGGACGACGAUAAUGAUUCCUUCUCUUCCGAAGGAAGCGAUUUUUGGAGAGAGGUUGAUCUUAGACUGGAGAGGUCUCAGAACGCCCCGGAGUUAUCGCAACUGACUUGGAAUACUGAGGAUCAUGAAAGCCCCCUAGAUAGACUUGUCCAUGAGAGAUAUCAGGGUGGCAAAGGCGUAUCUUCUUCGGAGGAAUAUUCGGAGAACGAAGGGGUCGAAUUGUCGGACAAUGACUCUGAUUCUUUGGGAGAUGAGCAACUUUCGGAUUCUUUCAGUAGCUCCGAGGAAGAUUCAGAGCAAAGUGUGGAUUAA